AUGCAUUCGGCCAUAAUUGAUAGGGAAAUAGAGCGUGCUCUCGACGAUUUUACGACACCUGGCGAAGGCAUCACGGCCGUGGGUAAGGUCAACAGAUCGCGUGGGACGUACCACGGCGGCUGGUCCGUUGUAAACUUUCUUCGUUCCCCUCGCCCCGCGCCCGUGACUAUUCCAACGCAUUGCCGUACGAUAAGCGCCGGUCUAGACAAAUCGCUCAGGGCUCUGAACAACUCGUUAUGGCGUGCUAAUUGGGCGAUGACGCCGCACGUGUUGGAUUACUACGUAGCCGUUGGUUCCAACACGGGACGAUCUGGUGAUGCGGCCUUGAUUCCGAUUUUU